GCACCCGCACGCCAGGGGUAGAGAGCCAGAGCCAGAGCCAGAGCCAGAGCCAGAUCAGGGGGUUAUUCGAGUUGAAUGGUACUGCAAAGCCUGAUUGGAGCGUCGAACAAGAAGAAGAACAAGGAGGAGGAGGGAAUGCGACUGGGCAAGUAUGAGUUAGGGAGGACUCUGGGUGAAGGCAAUUUCGGAAAAGUCAAACUCGCCAAGGACACCCUCUCUGGCCAUCCAUUUGCCGUCAAGAUCCUCCUGAAGAACAAGAUCAUCAACCUCAAAAUCACCGAUCAGAUCAAGAGGGAGAUCGCCACAUUGAAGCUCAUUAAACAUCCCAACGUUGUCAGAUUGCACGAGGUCUUGGCAAGUAAGACCAAGAUUUAUAUGGUCCUGGAAUAUGUUACUGGAGGAGAGUUAUUUGACAGAAUUGCAUCUAAGGGUAAGCUCCAGGAAGCCCAAGGGAGGAAGCUCUUCCAACAGUUGAUCGAUGGUGUGAGUUAUUGUCACAAUAAAGGUGUUUUCCACAGAGAUCUAAAGCUAGAGAAUGUUCUGGUUGACUCUAAAGGAAACAUAAAGAUAACUGAUUUCGGGCUCAGUGCUUUGCCCCAGCAUUUCAGGGAUGAUGGCUUACUGCAUACAACAUGUGGAAGUCCCAACUAUGUUGCACCUGAAGUUCUUGCCAACAGAGGCUACGAUGGUGCCACCUCGGAUAUAUGGUCUUCUGGUGUUAUAUUGUAUGUAAUCCUCACAGGAUAUCUCCCUUUCGAUGACAGAAAUCUUGCAGUUCUCUAUCAAAAGAUAUUCAAGGGGGAUGCUCAGAUUCCGAAAUGGUUAUCGGCUGGGGCCCAAGACAUGAUAAAGAGGAUCCUUGAUCCAAAUCCCGUUACCCGGAUAACAAUGGCAGGUAUUAAAGCUGACAAAUGGUUCAAUCAAGACUAUGUUCCUGCUAAUUUUGAUGAUGACGAAGAAGAUAUUCACAUUGACGACGAAGCCUUCUCCAUGCAAGAUCAGCCAGCAGAAAUGGAGAAGAGUCCUGAUUCUCCUACCCUCAUCAAUGCUUUUCAGUUGAUCGGAAUGUCCUCGUGUUUAGAUCUCUCUGGUUUCUUUGAGAAAGAGGAUAUUUCUGAGAGGAAAAUCAGAUUUACGUCCAACCAUUCUGCAAAAGAUUUGCUCGAGAGGAUUGAGGAUAUUGUAACAGAGAUGGGAUUUGGAGUACAGAAAAAAAAUGGGAAGUUGAAGGUGAUGAGAGAGCACAAGGGGCAGAGAAACCUAGGUAGUCUUUCGGUUGCAGCAGAGGUUUUCGAGAUAAGCCCGUCAUUAUUUGUAGUGGAGCUAAGAAAAACAUAUGGAGAUUCUUCAGUGUAUAGACAAUUAUGUAAUAAACUAUCAAAUGAUUUAGGCGUUCCUUCAAACCAAGGGCUGCUGACGACAGAAGUGUGAUAGGCAGUUGCUCCUGGGGCACCAUGUAUGGUGUCUUUUUUGUUUAAAAGCUUAAUUCUUUUUCCCUCCUCUUUUUGCCACUCUUGAGGCAUUUGAGGAAGAAGUAGAUAUGUUACCAUAGCUAAUAUUAUAUUAGCUAGUAUUAAAUUUGUAAGUAAACAGAGUUAGCAGGCGGGGGGGGGCAUGAGAGCAACGAUAUGAUUGAUACUGUCUGCACAUAUUUCUGAAAUUUUAUUUAGUUAAUGCAAAUAUUGGGCAUUGUUUUGACUAGCGCAA